CACUCUUCUCAAACAGUCGUUCUCACACCCAAUUACUUCCGUUAUCUUAACCUGUUUGCUACCCUAACCAUGCCAAUUACAGUCUCACCAAGGCUUCAGGCCCACAUCGACAGCAUUGUCGCGGGCUUUGAGGUGACCCCCGAGUUUCUCACCAAGGCAACCAACCACUUCAUGGCCGAAAUGGACCGUGGGCUCGCGACCACCGGGCCAUCCAGGUGUAUGCCAAUGAUUCCAACGUACGUGACUUCCAUUCCAAAGGGCACGGAGCACGGGGUCUACCUCGCGGCGGAUCUUGGCGGCACCAACUUCCGUGUGUGCUCUGUAGACCUCUGCGGCGACGGCAAGUUCAAGUUGGAACAGAUGAAGGCAGCCGUUCCACACGAUUAUAUGAAGAACCAGAAGGCCGAGCCGUUGUUUGGCUUCCUCGCAGGCAAGGUGGCGGCGUUUUUGGAGACGCACCACGGAGAGAAGUUCAGUUCGGGGAGCAUCGUGAGUGACGCACCUGUAACGCCUCCGGCAUCCGCGAUGAAGCUCAAGCUCGGGUUUACCUUCUCCUUCCCCGUUGACCAAUCGGCCUUGAACCGUGGGAAGCUCUCGCGCUGGACCAAGGGCUUCGACAUUGACGAGGUUGUCGGUCAGGACGUGGUUUUGCUCUUCCAGCAAGCCUUAGACGCGCGCAACAUUCCAGUUGAGGUUGUUGCGCUUGCAAACGACACUGUCGGUACGCUCCUCUCGCGCGCGUACACCGCGGGCGAGUCGCGUAAGGGUGAUGUUGCGAUCGGGUGCAUCUUCGGCACCGGGACCAACGGGGCGUACGUGGAAAGGCUCGACAAGAUUACCAAGCUCGACGCGGCGACGCGUGCGGAGUUGGAGGCGCGUGGCGUGCACCACAUGGUGAUUAACACCGAAUGGGGCUCCUUCGACAACGAGCUUCAGGUGUUGCCCAACACCAAGUACGACGCGUCAAUCGAUGCGGAGACGGCCAAUCCCGGCUACCACUUGUUUGAGAAGCGGAUUUCCGGCAUGUUCCUUGGUGAGAUUCUCCGUGUGGUGCUUGUGGACUUGUACGAGGAGGGUUACAUUCUUCAACAAUACAAGAAGGAGAACCGCUUGCCGCACCGCUUGACAACCCCGUGGGAGCUUGACUCUGAAGUUUUGUCGCGCAUCGAGAUUGACGAUUCCCUGAAGCUCAAGGAAACAUCUUUGAAUCUUCACCAGGCGUUGCGCUUGCCUACCACGCCGGAGGAACGUGCGGUGAUCCAGCAGUUGACGCGCGCAAUCUCCAAGCGCGGUGCGUAUUUGUCCGCCGUACCAUUGGCCGGGAUCUUGCUCAAGACCGGGCACGGCGAUACGGGUGUCGAAGUGGGGGCUGAUGGGAGCGUUGUGGAGUUCUACCCCGGGUUCAGGGAGAUGAUUCAAGAGGCGUUGAAGAUGACGCCGUUGAGGGAGAAGGCUGCAAACGUGCACAUAAUGAUUGCCAAGGACGGGAGUGGGGUGGGGUCUGCGUUGUGUGCGAGCACUACUGAUUAAACGGUCUGUGCGAAUUU